CCCUCACACCCGACCGUCACAAUGGCUACACGUUUCUACGAGGUCGCUGCAGGCCAGCACACUCCCCAGCACAAGCCGAACGCGCGCCACGAACGUGACUCGGAGGCCCACAAGAUCCUCCGCCAGUACGCUGGAAACCAGCACGCGCAGAACAAGAACGAGCAGCAGGGCGAGGAGUCACUGCCUGGUGUCCGCGCACCCGGAGCGACCGGCGUCAUCUACUGCACUGACCGUGCGAUUGCGAACGGCUUCUCGUACGAGAACCAGGAGUGGGCCAACCUCGGCCAGGGUGCGCCAGAGGUCAACGCGCUCCCCGGCGACCCGCCCCGCCCCACCGUGCUCGACUUUACCAAGUAUGGCGACUUUGUGCACGAGUACGCGCCGACCGUCGGCGUCAAGGAGCUCCGCCAGGCCGUUGCGAACCUCUACAACCACCAGUACCGCCAGGGCCGCACCAGCCAAUACACGUACGAGAACGUGUGCAUUGUUCCCGGCGGCAGGGCGGGCAUGUCGCGAGUUGCGGCUGUCAUUGGCGAUGUGUACUGUGGAUACCAGAUUCCCGAGUACACGACGUACAGCGAGGUGCUGAGCGUGUUCAAGCGCCUCGUGCCUAUCCCGUCGCAUCUGCCUGCGGAGGACAAGUACAAGCUCGACAUCAACAAGCUCAAGAGUGACAUCAAGAACAUGAGUCUGAGCGUCGUCGUGAUGUCGAACCCUCGCAACCCCACCGGCCAGGUGAUCCAGGGCCAGGACCUCAAGGACGUUGUCGACCUCGGCAAGACGGGCACCACCAUCAUCCUCGACGAGUUCUACUCGUGGUACAUGUACUGGGACGACAAGGAGAAGAUUGGCAAGAGCAUCAGCGGCGCCGAGUAUGUCGACGACGUCAACGCCGACUCGGUCAUCCUCAUCGACGGCAUGACCAAGGGCCCCCGUCUGCCCGGUUGGCGUGUGUGCUGGGUCGUCGGCCCCAAGUCGCUCAUCUCGGCUGUGAGCCAGUCGGGCUCGUUCCUCGACGGCGGUGCGAACCACCCGCUCCAGAUGGCCGCUAUCCCCCAGCUCGAGCCUAGCCGUGUCCUGCAGUCCAAGAUCGCCCUCCAGAACCACUUCAAGGCCAAGCGCGACUACGUCCUCCAGCGCCUCGACGACAUGGGCCUCCCGGUCCACUGCCCGCCCCAGGCGACCUUCUACAUCUGGCUCGACCUGUCUGGCCUCGCCGCGCCGCUGGACAGCGCGCUCGUCUUCUUCGAGGAGCUGCUGCGCGAGAAGACGAUUGUCGUGCCCGGUGUAAGUGGCAUCUCCCCGCCUGCCACUGUGAUCAACCCCUCGCACCGCCGCAACCUGUUCGACAGCCCGUGCCACCACUUUGUGCGCAUCAGCUUCGGCCCGCCCCUCGAGACGCUCAAGCGCGGCCUCGACUCGAUCGAGCGCCUGCUCGACAAGCACCGCCGCGCGUCGCACCACAUCGGGCACAGCUACCGCGGCUCCGUGUCGUACGACUUCCCGGGUGUCAACCACAACACGCACAUCUGAGCGGGUUGCAGCAAAAGACGCGCCGCGCUAGCUGUGUUAGACCUGGCUCAUCUCCACCACCCUGCGUAGGGUGGACCUCUCUGGUGGAGGUGGCGCCAUUCGUUUUACGUAAAACUUUUAGUCUCGAAACUGUGAAUGUGACUUUUGG